UAGCAUCCCCGGCUAUGUAGUAGAUUAACCAAAGCAAGGGGUAGCUGAGAUGAGACCUCCCUCCUCAGAAACUUCCCCAGGAACUUUCUUUUCUAUCGAGUUCCCGUUUUGGGAAAUCCGAAUCUCACAUCGUUGGUUUGUUCUUGCAAUGAACAACCGGCCAGAAACCGGCCACAAAUGAGCAAGCAGUAUCCCGGUUUCGGCGCCGCGCCUUUGAUCAAACUUGCCCAAUUGUUUUCAAACUUGGCGGCUUUUUGGUCGACAUCAAUAUGCCCAAUUGUUUUCAAACCUGGGGGGGGUGUCUUCUGGUCGGACCUCGGAUAGCUCGUUUGGUAAGCUUGUUCGCUAAAAACUGACUUUGUCGUUAGCCGGCGAAACUACCCAGAUAGCUCGCUCCAAGAGUCCUACUUCCGCAGGCAGGAUGAGCUUCUUGCUUGGAACACGAGCUGCUACGCUGUAAUAAAUCCUGCUAAGGUGGUGGGUGAAGAAUAACUCCGUGAUAGUGUUCGCAGUGAUGUCGUUUGCCCAGACGGCUGGCAUCAUAUCAUGCCCUGCGAGUUAUAGACUUAUAGUUACCACUGAAGCUUUCGCACGCUGGGUAUCAUCAGCGUCUCGCCUUUUGCCGUAUUCUGUUAAGAGGAUCAAUUGCUUUCAAUUAUGCUUCCUGCCAUUUCACUCCGCAUCCUUCUAUUCCACUCUGCCCCGCAUAGUGCUCGAAUAUGUGGCCUUCUACUCCUCGAGAAAGUCUAUUUCGUAAAUAGACAGAUGCCUAGCUAGGCAAGUUGUGGCUUGUCCGGGGAUUAUUUGUCUCUUGCAAUUGUUGUUUUGCCCCUCAAGACCCCAGUGAAGUGCGGGGGGAAGAUGGCGUUGGGCCGUUGUAUUGUUGUCUAUUCCUUUAUCCGGGCGUGUUAUGCAGGUGUAAGUUAUCUAUCCCGCCGGCCGGGAGAAACCAAAGCAGUAUCUUGCUGUUUGGACUUUCUCUUCUUCUCACUCUCUCUCCCUUUCUCUCUCUCUACAAUCUCCCUUUUUCAUCAACAUAGCUCCGGAGGGUAUUAUCAUCAAGAGUAAUACAUACCAGUUUGCUACGUUAGCUAGCCUCUUAUUGCACGCUGUGUGCUGUUCUUUCUCAUCAUCUUAUCUUCUCAAACUCUCCCCCGAUAUUCCCUUCGUUGAAUAUCUCUCUAUUUGACUGGCUCCCAUAACCAAAUCUACCUGGAUAUCAAGCACAAUGUCUCCCACUGGACAGCGAGUUGCCCAGGUUGCUGGCAUGCUGGGCGCCACAAAGUCUCCCGAUGAGCUUCCCUGGAAUCCUGAUCAUACAAAACUGCCCCUCCGCAAGAACCUGCCAAAGGUCCCCGGUGCGCCUGAUGGUGCUGCUUGGGUCUGGGGCAAAAAUGACUAUAUUGGUAGAUUGAAUCUGCUCACGCCAACCCGAGUCAAGGCUGCAGCCGACGAGAUCAAGACGGGGGAGAUUGUGCCUCUCAACCUUCCGUUGAACGUCCCGGAGCAGCCAGGAUUUGGCCGCGAAAAAUUUGUCCACUCUAUCAAAGCCCUGGUCCCGGGAAUUGCGUAUGACGACAAUUACCAGCUCAACACACAAAGUGGAACGCAGUGGGACGGCUUUAGACAUUUUGCUCACAUCGCAACCCAAACAUUUUACAAUGGAACAAAAGCAGACGAUAUCGUCGGCCCCAACGCCAAUCACAACUGCAGCAUCCACCACUGGGCAGAACACGGCAUCGCCGGCCGCGGCGUCCUCCUCGACUACCGCUCCUACGCCAAAGCCAACAACAUCACCUACGACCCAUACACCCCGCACGCCAUCACCUUCGAAGAACUCCAGAAAUGUGGCAAGGCCCAGGGCAUCGACAUCCGCCCCGAAUCGCAAGGCGGCGACAUCAAAGUCGGCGAUCUCCUCCUGAUCCGCUCCGGGUUCGUGGAGGCGUACCACGAGCGCAGCCCGGAGGAACGCUCGCGACUCGCCCUGCGCGGACACGGGAAGGGGGAUGGCCAGCCAGAUGCCUCAGGCGAGGUCGAGCAGUAUGCAGGCGUGGCGCAGGAAGACGCCAUGCUCGAUUGGUUGCACGACUGUUACUUCGCGGCUGUAGCGGGCGAUGCGCCUGCGUUUGAGCGCUGGCCGACUCCCGUCGAGUACUACAUGCAUGAACAUAUCCUUGCGCUCUGGGGCAUGCCGUUGGGGGAGAUGUGGAAUUUGGAGGCGUUGGCGGAGAAAUGUCGUGAGAGGGGGCGGUAUUACUUUUUCGUGACUAGUGCACCUGCGAACGUGAAGGGCGGCGUUGGCUCCCACGCAAAUGUAACCGCAAUCUUCUAAAUUAGAAAUAGGAGGAAGAAUGGAAAUGGAAAUGGAAAACAGAGCAAGGAGGGAGGCCCAGAGGUCAAGCGAUUUAAGCACGGCGAAAGUGGAGUUGAAUUUCAUGGUAAUGUUAUUCUACAUCUCAAUUGGGGGGGUGGCAGUGUCCCUUUUUUUUCCUUUUUCUUUUCUUUUCUUUUCUUUUUUUCCCGGUUCGAUAUGGUAUGCGAUAAUGUAGUAGCUAGGUACGACAUACCUACAGUUCUUUUUUUAGCCUUUAUGCAACGGUGUGUAUUUUGCAUUUGCAUAUGUAACUAGACUGGGUUGGCCGCAGUCGGCCGGCGGCCCUGUUGUAUGUAGAAUGCUUAAGUUACAUAUUGUGGAUGAUUGGUUGUAUUACCAUCUCUUGUUCUUUCUUCGCAACUUUGUUUUAUGUUGCUGCGAUACCUACUUCCACUGAGUCAGGACGAGAUGUUGAAAUAUGUACGGAGUAGCGUGUUUCUAUUUUGUUUCCCUGCGUUAUGCGCUGUUCGAGCGAGUUUAUUGAUAUUUAACAACUAUAUUUGUUCUCGUCGUAUGAAAGGAUCAAGGGCCGCAAUGGAUGAUGCCCAAAAAGUCAAGCUUAGAUCUCAA